AUGUCCCGUUACAGCUUGUUUUCCUUGAUGGGUUUCACGGUUUGCUCAAAGAUGUGGUGGCUGUGUGUUUGGGUGCUGGUCGGGUCUGUUUGCGGUGCGAAUGAGAGUAUUAAUGGCGGCAGCUUUAUACUGAUAGAGGGGAGCAGCCCAAUCGCAAAGACGGAUGAGGAUUUCGUGUGCGCGACUCUAGAUUGGUGGCCGCCGGACAAAUGCGACUAUGGCACUUGCAGCUGGGGCCGAGCUUCUCUGCUCAAUUUGAAAAAAAAAAAUUAUGUAGCGUUUUCACCAUUGAAGAUCAGAUUGGGUGGUAGUUUGCAAGAUAAAGUCAUCUAUCAGACUAAAGACGAACACCAGCCAUGCCGACCAUUCUCCAAAAUCCCGUCCAGGAUGUUUGGUUUCUCUCAUGGAUGCCUGCCGUUGGCUAGAUGGGACGAGCUCAAUUCAUUCUUCAACAAAUCUGGGGCUUUCGUUAUUUUCGGAUUAAAUGCUCUUCAUGGAAAAUCGAUUCAUGGGAAUACCGCAACGGGCCCGUGGGAUUCUUCGAAUGCUGCAUCUCUAAUUCGUUAUACCGUAGAAAAGGGCUACAAAAUCUACGGGUGGGAACUGGGGAAUGAAUUGAGUGGAAGUGGAGUAGGAGUAGGAGUUGCUGUUGAUCCAUAUGCAUCAGACACAAUUAUUCUACACAAUUUGAUACAAGAUAUCUAUAAGAAUAUUAGUAACAAACCUCAGAUCAUAGCACCGGGAGGAUUCUUUGACCCUGCUUGGUACCAGCAAUUCCUAGCUAAAACCGUUGGGUCACUGAAUGUGAUCACCCACCAUAUUUAUAAUCUCGGCCCAGGAAGUGACGAGCACCUUAUAGAUAGAAUUCUAGACCCAACCAUUCUCGAUAAUGGAGCCAACUUGUUCAGAAAUGUCCAUGACAUUGUAAGAACUUCAAAAAACUCGGCAGUUGCUUGGGUUGGGGAAGCCGGUGGAGCUUACAAUAGCGGCCGCAAUAAUGUUACAAAUGCAUUCGUGUUUAGUUUCUGGUAUUUGGAUCAGCUAGGGUUGGCAUCUACAUAUGACACAAAGACAUAUUGCAGGCAGUCAUUAAUUGGUGGUAACUAUGGUUUACUUAACACCGCAACAUUUGUUCCAAAUCCAGAUUACUACAGUGCUCUUCUUUGGCACAGGUUAAUGGGACAAUAUGUUCUAUCGACCAACUUUACGGGGACUAAAAUGAUCCGUACUUACGCUCAUUGUGCAAAGUACUCUCAAGGCAUCACCAUAUUAGUAAUAAACAUAGACGGCAAAACGACGGUCCAUGCAACAAUUGACUUUCAUGGCAUAAAACCAUACAAACACGGGCAUAAUCAUCAUCAUCAUCAUCAUAGGCAUAGAGAAGUGUCUGAAAGUGUGAGAGAAGAAUACCACUUGACCCCAUUAGAUGGGAACAUACAAAGUCGGACUGUGUUGCUUAAUGGGAAGCCACUGACUGUUGGCCCUGUUGGGAUUAUACCUCAUCUGGAGCCUAUAAUGGUGAGUUCGUCCGAGCCUAUCAGAGUUUCUCCUUAUUCCAUUGUGUUUGUUCACAUGCCGUAUGUGCGUAUACCAGCAUGUGGUUAA